AUGGCGUCGAAGCGGCCGCGACUGCCGUCCUACUACGAAGUGGUGGAAGAGGUGCUGAGCGAGGCGCGCAAAUUCCGCUGCGCCAAUCCUGAUACGCCCUGCCACUUCUUCUUUGUCGAUCUUCACAGUGUGGCGAAGGUGGGGAUCACAUCACCCGAGGUCUACGAUCUGGUGCUUGCCGACAACGUUGGCCAGUCCACCUUCGUGCUCCUCUUCACUGACCGCGACGACCGCCGGCCUCGGUCCACCGGCAGCGACGACGCCGAGGCAGCGGAGGCCCUCGCGACGCGACGCAAGGCCAAGCGGCCGGCCGUCUACCCGUGCUGCGGCUGCCACCGCCCGUUCAGUCCGCCGACAAGCGAUGCGAAGGUGGCGCCCGCCGCUCAGGUGCUGACCGACAGGGUCUUUGGAGUUGCAGAGGCCCGCGAGGAGCCACGGCAUGCGACGCGGCGCUUCGAAGUUUCGCUCCACCAGCUUGACGUCAAGAAGCGUAAGAAGCCAAAGAACGAAAACGAAAACGAAGACAGGGACAACGUUGGCGGACGUGACGAAGACAAGAAGCUGCUGGACGAUGAUGCAGCGAAGAAGAUGAAGAAGAGAAAGCAGAAGGAGAAGAAGGUAUCGAUGAAGCACCUCAUGGGCUCGGCGCUGGCCUACUUCCUGGCCCGACUCUCGGCCUACCAGCCCGCCCGAGCCGCCGGAUCGUCGACGCCGCCCGAUGCGCUGUGGGUGGUAGGCAAGCGGGGCGGCCGCUCCGGCGCUAUGUGCGACCUGGCGGCCCAAGUCGCCGAGUUCGUGGCCAUCCAACGUGAGCUUGCCUGCGAUCGUGGCGCGUCGCAGGACAUGCUGGCAUCACACUUUCUCGGCCUGGUCGACGAUCGCCACGCCGACGGCGGCAAUGAAGAGGACAUUGACGAGGGCUGGGCUGGCCUGCGCUCGGCGGGCGUCCUCGGAGUGUCCGACCAGAAAAAGAGCGAAGCGGCGAACACGACACAGCCCGACGUGCUAAAGAACGAAGGCGACGCCGCGCAGUCCGGCCAGACAGCCCCAGCCGUGUCCGCGAGCAUCGUCAAGAUCGUGAAGAGGGUCGAGAAGUGGAUUCUGAAGAAUGCGCGAAACGACUUCAAGCGGCACAAGGCCGCGCUGGCCGACGUCGACAACUACCGCGACGUGGUGAUGCUGCCGCGCGACCGCGUCAAACUGCGCAACUUCAUCGCGCCGCUGUGUCGGCUGGUGCGCAAGAUCGACGCCGACGAGGUGCUGGCCCUGCUGCAGGCCGACGGCGUGCUGGGCGUGUGCGGCUGCUGUCGCCAGUUCAAGUGGAACGAGCGCGCGCUCACGAGCGAUGACUGCCGGCUGGAGCGCAGGCGGCGCCUGGAGCGCGAGCGCGCGCGGGGCAUCGCGCAGGGCCGCGAGCGCAUGGUCGAGCGCAUACUCGGGUCGCUCGAGGCCAAGGGCAGCCGGCCCACCAACAUGGCCGAGCUGCGCAAGGUGGUCGACAACUUCGGCGACUACGAGGAGCACUUCGACGGCGACCAGGUCCUGCAGCACCUCAUCAACGCCAACAUCAUUGCUGUCGACGCCUAUGACGAUGAUGACGUCGGCGUCGACCGGCGUCGGCGUGAGAACGUGAGGUAUGUGGUGGCUCAGCGGCGGAUCGAGGGGAUGAAGCACCAGGAGCGGCUCGACCGCGCCCGGCGGCAGGGCGACCAGGCCGCGUGGCAGGCCGAGCUGGAUCGCGAGAAGCAGCGGCGCGAGGCCGCGCGCCAGGAGCAGCAGGCUCUGCAACAGGCCAACCGCGAGCGCGACGAGGCCGAGCGCGCCCGGCUACGCGAGAUCCACGCGAGAGAGCGCGACGAAGCCGAGCAGCGUGACAAAGACGAGCGCCAGCGCCAGCAGGAGCGCGACGAGCGCAAGAAGCGCCACAUCAGCGCCACCUCGCAGCAGAAGUACUCAGUCGAGCCAGCUUCGUCGUCGUCGUGGUCAUCGUCAUCGGCGGCGGGCGCCCCAUCGCUCAAGCAGAGCGCAGAUCAACUGACGGCCGUGGACGCACUCUUCGCGAGCCCAGACGACGACUACCACGACGGCGAAGAGGAGGUCAGGUGGGCCAACACGGCGCCGUCGCACGGCUGGGAUCAGCACGAGGGAGGAGCUGGCAGUGGAUGGGCCGCCGAGGAGGAGGCCGUGGACUGGAUGGCGUCGGCUGGGGCUCUGUUCGAUGGUGACAGCACCGACGGCGGUGAUGACGACGAGGACGAUGCCGGGAGCGGCCGUGGCGAUUAUAAUAGCGAGCCUCGGCAGCAAUGGGAGACCGACAGCAGGGGCGUCAACAACAACGACGACGGACCUUCGCUGGCCGAGAUGUUCGGCGGCGGCUCAGGCGUGCCGCGCGGUCUCGACAUGUUCGGCGGCUGGACGACGACGGCGACCACCACCACCCACCACCACGUUCCGGCCGAAGAGGAAGAUGGCGAUGGCGGCGGCGUGGUGGACCUCUCCGACGGCCUGCUCGACAUGUUCGGCGACGAUCGAUGGUACGUCCCCGUUACGCAGCAGUACCACGGCCAUCAAGCGAAAAAGAACGAAGACGAAGACGAAAGCGAAGGCGACGACGAACACGAGAGUGGGGUGGGUCUGCUCUUCGACCGAGGCGAGGAGGAGGAAGAAGAGGAGGAAGAGUCGACCAUGGCCGGCCUGCACUACCUGGGCGGCGGCCACUCCUUCGUCUCCACGGAGUGGAACCCGGGCUUCUAA